ACACUUCCUCUCUUCUCUUUGUCAAACCCCCUCCUAUCAUCAUUUCCUAACUUUCCAUACUUUCUCCUCUUUUUUUGUCUCCUAACUAAGAGAGGAAAAAAAAAAAAAAAAAACACCUAGGAAAAAUAAUAAUGCCAACACCAACACCAACACCUGCAGCAGCGUUUGGUGGUGUAGAAACUCCAAAUGGAAACUCAUCCCACGCUCAUGCACCUCCCAAACACACCCCUCAAGAAUCGCGUGACCUCGCUCCUUUCUUGUCUUGCUCUUACCCAAUCACGCUUAAGUUCAUGGAAGUGGGAUACCGAUUGAAGAUAGAGAACAAACAAGGCAGAGGAGGGUGUAUCAAUAGAUUGUUUUCGACGCACGAAUCAUCACCGUCUGAUCAAAGAUCAACGGUGGAAGCGCCGAAAGAGCGAACCAUUUUGAACGGCGUAACAGGGAUAGCGUACCCAGGGGAAAUCCUAGCCAUCCUGGGCCCAUCUGGGAGCGGAAAAUCCACGCUCCUAAACGCGCUUGCAGGGAGGCUCCAUGGAAACGGCCUCACCGGAACAAUCCUCGCCAACUCCUCCAAACUCAACAAACUGGUUCUCCGUCGAACCGGGUUCGUGACACAGGACGACGUCCUCUACCCUCACCUAACGGUUCGCGAGACUCUCGUCUUCUGCUCCAUGCUUCGCCUCCCGAGGACGCUGCCGCGCGCGGCAAAGAUCGCGGCGGCGGAGUCGGCGAUAGCGGAGCUUGGGCUAGGGAAGUGCGAGGACACUAUCAUCGGUAACACCUUCAUCCGCGGCGUGUCCGGCGGGGAACGGAAGCGCGUGAGCAUCGCGCACGAGAUGCUGGUGGAUCCGGCGCUGCUUAUUUUAGACGAGCCUACCUCCGGUCUUGACUCCACGGCGGCGCACCGCCUGGUGGUGACGCUGGGGUCGCUGGCGAAGAAAGGGAAGACGGUGGUUACGUCGUUGCACCAACCAUCGAGCCGCGUGUACCAGAUGUUCGACAAAGUGCUCGUGCUGUCGGAAGGACAGUGCUUAUACUUCGGCAAAGGAAACGACGCCAUGCGCUACUUCGAGUCGGUUGGGUUCGCGCCGUCUUUUCCGGUAAACCCGGCGGAUUUUCUGCUCGAUCUCGCUAACGGUGUUUGCCAUGUUGAUGGUCUAAGUGAAAGAGAUAGGCCAGCCAUAAAGCAAAACCUAGUUCAUUCAUACAACACAGUACUUGCUCCCAAGGUAAAAGCUUCCUGCAUGGACACUGUCAGUUUUCCUACAAGGAACACUCACCUUUUGAGAAGCAACUCUUCCAAAGAACGUAGAUAUACUGACAGGGUUAACUUCUUAGAUUGGUUCAACCAAUUCAGUAUUCUGCUCCAGAGAAGCCUCAAAGAAAGAAAGCAUGAAUCCUUUAACACUCUGAGAGUCUUUCAAGUUAUUGCUGCUGCACUAUUAGCUGGUCUAAUGUGGUGGCACUCAGACUAUAGGAAUAUUCAAGAUAGGCUUGGCCUACUCUUCUUCAUUUCCAUCUUUUGGGGAGUCUUCCCGUCUUUCAACUCUGUCUUUGCAUUCCCUCAAGAACGUGCCAUCUUUAUGAAAGAGAGAGCUUCUGGUAUGUAUACACUGUCGUCCUAUUUUAUGGCUCGAAUUGUUGGAGACCUGCCCAUGGAGCUUAUCCUUCCCACAGUUUUCCUCAUUGUUACAUAUUGGAUGGGUGGAUUAAAGCCUGAUUUGUGGGCUUUUCUCUUGACUUUGUUGGUUGUUCUUGGAUACGUGCUUGUGUCACAGGGUCUUGGCCUUGCUUUAGGUGCAGCAAUAAUGGAUGCAAAACAAGCUUCCACAGUUGCAGCUGUGACAAUGCUAGCAUUUGUCUUAACAGGUGGAUACUAUGUCCAUAAGGUGCCAUCUUGUAUGGCUUGGAUCAAAUAUAUAUCCACAACCUUUUACAGUUAUAGAUUGCUGACUAGAAUCCAGUAUGGGGAUGGAAAGAAAAUAUCAUAUCUGUUGGGUUGCUAUCAUGGUGAUAGUGAUAGGGCUAGCUGCAAGUUUGUUGAAGAAGAUGUGGUGGGGCAAAUCGGCACUGUGGGAAGCAUUGGGGUGUUAUUUUUCAUGUUUGUGUUUUACAGAUUAUUGGCCUACCUUGCCUUGAUGCGCAUCAAGAGUUGAAAUUUCUGCAUUGCAUAGUUCUUUUGGAAACUAUGCUAUUAAACUUUAUGUUUUGAAUGACACGGAUGGAAGAAAAGGGAUGGAUCAAUUUGUGGGCUCCUAGUGCAACAGCCACAACCUUUACACUAGGCUAGACUGGCUAGUUGAUUCGUACUAACUGUAAUUGAAGAAUGAGAGAAUUUCUGGUGUAAAGUUAGAGAAUUAACAAUCAAAUUCGAAGUGAAGAAACAAUAGUUGUAGAUUUGGAUUUCACAUUGAUAAGUUUCAUUAAGCUGUAUUCAGAAUGUUCAGGGAAGAAAUAAAGCAAUUUCUUCCACGUGGAAAAUAUAAUAU